GAAUAAUUAGAUCCAACAAGCUAAUUGAUCAGACCCAAUUGAAGAGUGUUAGUACGGAGUUGAUGAAGCGAGAUAUUAAUUAACAUAUAUGGCUUCAAACUCUACGAGACCUGCAGAAGAUCACUCAUUAGAUAUCAGUGAGAUCUCAACUGAUCAAAACCCCCCAAAAACUCUCAAUCAGCUUCGAGAUCGACUACCUCCGUGUAUCCUCAGAAAGGUGAUGGCAGAGCUGAUAGCCACGUUCAUGGUAGUGUUCGUUGGCAGCGGGUCUGGCGCCCUUUACCGGAGUGAUGAGCACGAAGUAUCGCAGCUUGGAGCGUCAAUUGCCGGCGGCCUCACCGUGACCACGAUGAUAUACGCAGUGGGUCACAUCUCCGGUGCUCACAUGAACCCCUCCCUGACGCUGGCCUUUGCAGUCACCAGACAUUUCCCUUGGAUACAGGUUCCCUUCUACAUGUCAGCCCAAUUUACAGGGGCUAUGAUUGCCUCCUUCACCCUGCACAAGGUGCUUCCGCCAUUGCACGAUCUUGGUACAACAACGCCCUCCGGGACCGCAUAUCAGGCUCUGGUUAUGGAGAUUAUCGCCACCUUCACCUUGAUGUUUGUCACCUCUGCGGUUGCCACUGAUACCAGAGCUGUGGGAGAAUUGGCAGGGCUAGCAGUUGGAUCUUCCGUUUGCAUAGGCGCCAUCCUUGCUGG